ACAAACAAGCUCAAACGCGGCGCGGGACACCUCCGUAGGGGUCGCUGCCACCGAGAGUGAGUUCGAGUCCUCGUGACAUCCCUCCUUGCUACGUACAGUCCGGCAGCUCCAGUAAGAAACGGGGCAUGGCCUUCACGGGAGACGCCGACGGUUUCGCCCUCGACUUCAUCCGCGAGCACCUGCUAGGCGGUGGUUGCGGCGGCGUCGCCGCGGCGGAUAGCCCAGUGGUUUCCGACGACGUCAACGUCCCCGAGCUGCCGCCUCAGCCGGAGUUCGAGCCAAUGUCGUUCUUGCCGCCGCGGCAGGAGCAGCAUCAUCAAGGUUUCAUGGGCAUGGAUGACCUGAUGACCGACGAGUACAUGGGCGGUGCACCGGCGGUUGGCGAGGCGGCGGCGUUCCCGGAGCAGGUGCCAGCGGCACCCGUGAUCAUUAAGUUUGGGAGCGAGCGCUCGCCAGCCGUCAGGCAGCCGCUCACCAUCGCCGUGCCCCCGAGCUCGUUCGCGUGGGCGGGAGCCGCGUCCGCCGCCACGCCGGCAGCACCGGCGGCCGCGGCAGUUGUCGAGGACUUCCGCAUGUACCGCGGCGUCCGGCAGCGCCCCUGGGGCAAGUACGCGGCGGAGAUCCGCGACCCGAAGCGCCGGGGAUCGCGCGUGUGGCUCGGCACGUACGACACGCCCGUCGAGGCCGCGCGCGCCUACGACCGCGCCGCGUUCCGCAUGCGCGGCGCCAAGGCCAUCCUCAACUUCCCGAACGAGGUCGGCACCCGGGACGCCGACUUCUUGGCCUCGCCGCCCGCUCCGGCGACGAAGGCCGCCGCCGCGACGAGCAAGAGGAAGCGGAAGCAGCUGGAGAACUCCGACGACGUCGAGGUGGUCGCGGUGGUGAACAAGGCAGUGAAGGUCGAUGCGCCGUCGUCAUCGUCGACCCAGGUGUCCUCUUCCACCUCGCCGUCUUCCAUGUCGACGCGCGAGACCACCGCCUCAUCGACAGUGACGUCAACUACGGCAGAGACGGGCGCCGGUGCUGAGUGGCUUCCUAUGACGCCUUCUAGCGGGAGCUGCGAGCAGUACUGGGAGGCUUUGCUCGGCGGCCUGCCGCCGCUCUCGCCACUGUCACCGAUCCCAACGUUGGGGUUUCCACAGCUCCCCGUUAGUUGAUGACCCCUGUUUGGAUAGGCAAGGAUUUGGCCAAUUGGCCUAAUCCUUUUGUAUU